AUGUGCAAAGAGCAGUCUGUGCUUCCUGAUACAAAUAUGAGCCCUAUAAUUUCCCCCCUUAUUGCUUCCCUUCUGCUUUUGUUCUGCCUUGCUUUGCUCUUCACCAAUUCUACCAUCACUGAUAGUGAUACUAUCCGACCAGGCCAAUCACUAAACGCCUCGGAGUACAUUCGAUCCGCCAACGGAAAGUACAAACUCGGUUUCUUUUCAACAGAAAACUCGACAAAGUAUUACGUGGCCAUAUUCUACUCGAAUACAACUGAAAAUGUAGCUGUGAUUGCAAACAGGGAGAACCCAUUCCCAAAUCCCUCUGCUGUUCUUACCUUCGACCCGGAUGGGAAUCUUGUAAUAUCCGAUGGCAGAUUCUUGCUCUUUCUGACCAACACUUCAGGUGGCAACGAUACCUACGCCAGGCUAUUAGAUACAGGUAAUCUUAUACUGAAAAACAGGGCCUCACACGUUUUGUGGCAAAGCUUUGACUAUCCUACUGAUAUUCUUUUGCCCGGAAUGAAGCUUAAUGAUGCUAAUGACCAUCCUGUCUUAAGAUCAUGGAAAAGUCUAACAGACCCUGCUCCUGGUCCUUUCUCUCUGCAUCUGGGUUCUCGGAAAACUCAAAUUAUCUUAAUGGAGGGGUCGGAACCAUACUGGACUGGUUCACUCACCAGUGGUGUUCUUGCUCGUAUACUCGAGAUUGAGAUGGAGUACGUUACCUGGCGUGGUAAGAACACCAGUGAAACUAGAAGAAUAGUGUUGGAUUUCAACGGGAACCUUCUGCUGCAGACAUGGAUGGAAGGUGACCAUAUGCAUGCUUGGUCCUCGCUGAAGUUAACGGCUUGUGGGGCUUAUCCUGUCUGCGGCGUUUCCAGCAUAUGCGAUGACACUGCCGAUGCAGAUUCUAGAUGUUACUGUUUGCCAGGAUUCAAAAGACGAUCCACGUUCGCUGGAUGUAAGAGAAAAACUGAUUCGAUUUGCAGCGAUAAUAUUGAUGUUCAGAAAGGUUGGUUUCUUCCAAUUCCACAAGUUUAUUUGCGCAGGAUUCCACUGCGGUUGGACGUUGGCAAGGCUUCAGAGUGCGAAUCAGCUUGCUUGAAUAACUGCUCUUGUACUGGUUAUGCUUAUGACCAAGAGCAUAGCUGCCUUGUAUGGGAUGGCCCUCUUGAAAAUCUGAAACAGUUCUCAGCAGAUAAGUUAUAUGAAACAGAGUUAUAUCUGAAACUUGCUCCGAACUUUACCGAAGACACAAACUCAACGAAUGGAACUGUAGCAGAUCCAGGAUUUAAGAAUUUGAAGGAUACAGGAAAUAACCAAUCAAGGAAAAUUUUCAUUCCAACUGCAUCUAUUGCAGGGGUUGUUACGUUGGCCCUUUGUGUUUAUUAUGUGAGGAGAAAGCUCAGAAGGAAGGGGCAUGGAGAUAGUAGAAAAAGAGAAGUUCAAAUGCCAUUAUUUAGUUUUGUAAGUGUUUCUGUUGCAACUGAUAAUUUCUCAGCUGCAAAUAAGCUUGGAGAGGGUGGUUUUGGACCUGUUUACAAGACAGAAUUAUUUCAGGGAAUAUUACCUAUAGGGGAUGAAAUAGCUGGGGACGAAGUCGCUGUAAAAAGGCUCUCAAAAACAUCUGGGCAAGGUUGGGAGGAGCUGAAAAAUGAAGCAAUAAUCACAGCUAAGCUCCAACACAAGAAUCUUGUUAGACUUUUGGGCUGCUGCAUUGAAAGAGAUGAAAAGAUACUAGUUUAUGAGUAUAUGCCCAAUAAAAGCUUGGAUUUAUUUCUUUUUGAUCAAGACAAACGCAGGAUAUUAGAUUGGAGGACUCGCGUUGGAAUUAUUGGAGGAAUUGCUCAAGGACUUCUUUAUCUUCAUCAAUAUUCUAGGUUAAGGAUUAUUCAUAGGGACUUGAAGCCUAGCAAUAUCUUGUUGGACAUCAAUAUGAAUCCAAAAAUAUCAGAUUUCGGAAUGGCAAGAAUAUUUGGAGGAAAUGAGUCACAAGCAAAUACAGAUAGGAUUGUUGGCACUUAUGGCUAUAUGUCCCCUGAAUAUGCUUUGGAAGGCCUCUUUUCAAUCAAAUCCGAUGUGUUUAGCUUUGGUGUCUUAUUGUUAGAGAUUGUGAGUGGCCGAAAGAAUACUGGUUUUUAUCAAACUGACUCUCUCCAUCUUAUUGGAUAUGCAUGGGAAUUAUGGACAAGUGAUAAGGGAUCGGACUUGGUGGAUCCACUGCUUGAUGAUAUAUCCUCUAUGCAAAUGGUAUUGAGAUAUGUUAACAUAGCUCUCCUUUGUAUUCAAGAAAGUGCAGCGGAUAGACCUACCAUGUCUGAUGUUGUCGCCAUGCUUAACAGUGAAAGUAUAAUUAUACCUUAUCCCAAGGAACCUGCUUUCUUGAAAGUGAGAAGUAUGGCGAAGGCACACCCAAUUAACAACAUGCUAGAAAUAUGUUCUCUGAAUAGUGCAACGAUUUCAAUUAUGGAAGGCCGGUAGCAUUUGAAAGUCCAGCCAUAAGCAUUCGUAUAUAUUCUUUGAGUAAAUUGUCAAAAAGCAUUCAACCUCUUUUCCUAUGGUCUAUAACAUUAUUCAGUUGUGUAUUGAACCUUUGGACCUAUACCCAUGUAUCAUGAAAUGCUUGUUUGUGCAUAUUUUACGCCGUGAUAGGCAAGGAUGGAACGAGGGGUCCAGAAGGCAUGGUUCACUUGGUUUUGAAAUGAAUAAUAUUACUCUUCACACUUAUUUAUCA